UCUCUAGUCCUCGCCUAGCUGCAGUUGCAACCGCAAUUCUACAGGGCAACCGCAAGUUGAACACGAUGCCCGUACAGGCUGCGUUGGGAACGGCAGGAGGGAGGGGCUCAAGCUGCUCCUAUCACUUCCGCCCCUCCUCUCCCGUGACUGCGUCUUCCGACCUCCUGUCUUUUCCCCUUCCUCCCUUCUUGUCAUCAUGCGCUUUGCAGCCUUUCUUGUCGCAUGUUUUCUGUUUGCUCACCUCGGUUUCUCCGGCCCGUCGACCUUCCGCGGUGAAGACACGGUGGCGGCGAACGGUAAGCCCAAUUGAUGCGCUGUUAGCGUCUCCUGUACCCUCUUUGUGCUUCUGUCCUCUUUGUGCUUCUGCCUCAGGUGGUGGCGCACCCGAUAGCGCCGAAGGGAAGCUCGAUGAGGAUGACACGAGCAUGGUGGCAGCGUCGCAGGGGCAAACAGGUCAGGCAUACGAAACGACAGACUCUCGUUUCCGAUUAUCAUAUGUGUGGGCGUGCUGUGUCGUGCCUUUUGCGCUUUAUGUUGCAGUUGUAGCCAUGGUCGAUGAAGGUGAGACGGCCGAUGACGUAGCCGAAGAAGUAGAGGGGAUGACAGGUACAGGAUGGCAGCCCUCGGUUGUCACUUCUGCAGUUUCCUGCUGUGUCCUACCCUGCCUGCGUCUCAGAGCACGCCAGCGGCCAGCUACCAUGGGCAUCGCGGGCUCUGGGCAGGUGCAGAUGCCACAAACGCAAAUGCAAAUGCCACCAGAAGCGCCGCAAGUCCAAGAAGGAGUGUCACAAGCACAAGUGCGGCAAAGAGGACUCCGGCUCCUCAGGCUCUUCGGGUGGUGGCGGUGGUGGCGGUGGUGGCGGUGCGGGAGGUAGCAUCGUGAUACUGCCUCCUGCCGGAGCACCCCCGCCUGUCAGUGGCGGAGGAUCUCCGCCUGUCAGUGGCGAAUCCCCGCCUGGCACUGGUGGCGGGGAUCGUCCGGCUCCGGACACAACUGUGAACAUUGAGUGCAACUUCACCCCUACGAUUAUCGCAGCAGCAGGAAGCGCGGACACAAUCAGCAUCCGGUAGGCGGGUGGGUGGGAGAGGAGGAAGAUGUCGGAACGCGUCUGCGUAUGCUUGUCAGGGAUUUUGUGAGCUUUGAGGACCCGAGUGGGAACACUCCACCCAACGCUCUAUUGGAGCUCCUCGAGUAAGCAUCGCCUGAGAGGUGAUGCUACCGAACAAUCCGCAUCCCUCCCUGCCUGUUUGCUGCAGGAUUAUCAUCCCUGCGUAAGGGAGCUGGUCGACCCGACGAAGCAAAUUACCCUUUUCUGGGUCAAAUCGUGUGUGGUCUGCAGGGACAUCCUCGAAUCGUUCCCUGACAUUAACCUGGAGGACAUCGGUUCUGGGGACAAUGAAGCCCUGCGACUGGGUGAGCAAUUUCGUUCCUUACACUCUCCUACGGAUGUAUGAUGCUCAUUGGGUCAGAGUGUAACGUGGAUUCGCCAAGUCCAUAUCAAACAAUCGUCGAAGUGCCAAUUGACAUUCGGCUGGGCGAUGAGGUAGAGAUAUGCCCACAGCGUAUUCAGACAAUUCUGCAUUUACCCUUUUUUCAGACGCAGAUAUGCCCGGUGAACAUCAGGUGUGGAGGAGCAUGAAGCUCCGUGUCGCCUCGCCAGUUGGUGAACACACGAAGUUUGCUGCUUAGUUGACUGGGGGCUAGGUAGAGGCGGAAGUUGACUGGGGGCUAGGUAGAGGCGGAUUAAAUUCUGGGUCCUUCUGCAAAGUUUAAUUUUCAGCCCUUUUCAGCCCUUCUGCGAAGUUUAAAUUUUCAGCCGAAUUUUUCUGCCGUCGCUGUCUAUGAAACUAGCAGACAUUUGCUACAUGUUGAGCUGGGUUCUUCAGCUUUUAUGAGAUGGGUGGGUGUCCUCUGUCGCUGUCUAUGAAACUAGCAGACAUUUGCUACAUGUUGAGCUGGGUUCUUCAGCUUUUAUGAGAUGGGUGGGUGUCCUCUGUAUGAGUGUAUGAGAUGAUGAGCUGUACUGUGUUCUUACGGUUCACCUCAUCAGUAAGUAUGUAUACAUGUACUUAUGUAUCACUUGGUUUGUGAGGAGGGUGCAUCAUCUAUACCAGCAAGACUCCUCCUCAAUUUUCCCAGACCCUGGUGUGUGUUCCAUUGAAACGAAUUUUUCCCAGCCGAAUUUUGAACUGGAUGCUAAACACCAUUCCUCCUCAAUCACCGUAUGUUGACAAUUCUUCAUCUCCCUACCUGUCUCUUCACUGUAGGACGCUAAUCCCGG